AUGUCUGGAGUGAUUCCCAGGUCUUUAGAAGCUCUCUUUCUUCUCAAGUAUCUGGAUUUGUCCUUCAAGAAGCUCCAAGGAGAAAUUUCAUCUGGUGGACCCCGCCAAAACUUCUCCGCUCAAUCGUUCGUCUCAAACAUUGCACUCUGUGGUGCACCCCGACUUCAUGUUCCACCAUGCAAAAAUGUGCUCAUGGAGAGAAGUUGUUUCCUCUUGUCAAUAACGUUGUUGCUACUGCAGUACAGUUCUAUAGGCACAAGUGCAGCACAAACCAACAUCACCACCAACCAGUCUGCUCUUCUUGCUCUGAGAUCCCAUAACACUAGUGACCCUCACAACAUCUUCGUCAACUGGUCAACCGCCACCUCCGUCUACAACUAG